AUGCAAAAGAAGAGGACGGAGGAGGAGAAGAGGACGGAGGAGGAGAAGAGGACGGAGGAGGAGAAGAGGACGGAGGAGGAGAAGAGGACGGAGGAGGAGAAGAGGACGGAGGAGGAGAAGAGGACGGAGGAGGAGAAGAGGACGGAGGAGGAGAAGAGGACGGAGGAGGAGAAGAGGACGGAGGAGGAGAAGAGGACGGAGGAGGAGAAGAGGACGGAGGAGGAGAAGAGGACGGAGUCCUGGACCUGGCGGAUGGAAGAUGGAUUAAGGAGCAGCCCUGAUGACAUUUGGAAGGAGCAGUUAACCCUUGUGAAUCAGAGGAACCAUAACCUGAGUACCCCACUUUCCGGAGUGCGGGGAUCUCCAGAGAGUUAUCAGGAAAAGUAUCUGGAGAUGUUAUCUGCGAAGGUUGCGAUGUUCGGAGAGGUUCGUAAGAGAGACCUCUAUGAUCGGUAG